AUGAUCCACUUUGCCCUCCUCUUCUCCAAGCAAGGCAAAAUCCGCCUCUCGAAGUACUACGAGCCGUACAGCCAAACCUCUCGCUUAAAGCUCCAAAGAGACGUCAUGAACCUCAUCUUACCUCGACCGACGCGCUUAUGCAACGUCGUCGAUUACAAAACGUACAAGCUCGUCUACAAAAGAUACGCGUCGUUAUACUUCGUUUUCGCGGUGGACGUGGAAGAUAACGCGCUGAUAACGCUGGAAAAGAUUCAACACUUCGUGGAAAUAUUGGAUGCGUAUUUCGGGAACGUGUGCGAGUUGGAUUUGAUUUAUCAGUUCACGAAGGCGUAUUACGUGUUGGACGAAGUGUUCGUGGCCGGAGAAAUGCAAGAGAGUUCGAAACGGUUAGUGGCGAGGUUAGUCAGCGAACAAGACGCGCUCGUCGAACAGAUUAAAGUUCAGGACGAAUAG